CGGGCCGGGGGCGCCCUCGGGCAGGGCGCGGGGGGCAGCGCCUCGCCUGGGCUCCGGAGGUUGCGGGGCCACAGCUUCAGAUGCGGAAGCCAUGGAGUUGAGCUGCAGCGAAGUACCUCUUUACGGGCAGAUGACGGUCUAUGCAAAGUUUGGCAAAAAUGUCUAUCUUCCUGAAGAUGCUGAGUUUUACUUUAUUUAUGAUGGAUCUCAUCAGAGACACGUUGUGAUUGCAGAGCGGAUUGAGGAUAACGUUCUCCAAUCCACCAUUCCAGGCCAUGGGCUUCAGGAGACGGUGCUGGUGUCUGUGUGCCUCUGCUCGGAAGGUUACUCCCCAGUGACCAUGGGCUCUGGCUCGGUGGCCUACGUGGACAACACGGCCUGCAGGCUGGCCCGCUUGCUGGUCACCCAGGCCCAUCGCCUCACAGCCUGCAGCCACGAGACCCUGCUGACCCCCUUUGCCCUGACGGCGGCUGCACUGCCUGCACUGGAUGAAGAGCUAGUGCUGGCUCUGACCCAUCUGGAGUUGCCUCUGGGGUGGACCAUUGUGGGGAAUUCUUCAUUUGAAGUAUCUCCACACAGAGAGUCUCUUUUACACCUGGCUGUGAGAUGGGGUCUUGCUAAGCUCGCCCAGUUCCUCUUGUGUCUCCCUGGGGGAGCCCAGGCCUUGGCUUUACCCAAUGAAGAGGGUUCCACGCCGUUAGAUUUAGCUUUACGUGGCGGACACUCCAAGCUGGUGGGAGACAUCACAAAUUUUCAGGACAGACGUUCUCCCAGCUUCUCCCGAGUGCAGCUCAAUGAAGAAGCUGUCCUGCAGUACCUGCACUCAUCAGAAACGCUGACCCUGACCCUUCACCACACGGCCGAGCAUUUGUUGGAGGCAGAUAUUAAACUCUUCCGGAAAUACUUUUGGGAUAGAGCCUUCCUUGUCAAGGCUCUUGAGCAAGAAGCCAGGCCAGAGGAAAGAUCGACUAUGCCCUCUGGUGCUGCAGACACUGAAGAAGAGAUUAAGAAUUUGGUGUACAGCAGAUCAUCAUCGGAAAAGGACGAUGUGAAGUGUGCUGAAAGCCUGGUGAUUCAACUGAAUGAGCACGAAGACCAGAACACCCUAGAUUUGGAUCGCUCCUUUGAUGUCCUUAAAAAAUCCAAGCAUCCCUCAACGUUCCUUGGUGCAGGCCAGCUUUCCGAUAUGUUGAAUGGAGAUGACGAAGUCUAUGCUAACUGUAUGGUAAUAGAUCAGGUUGGUGAUUUGGAUAUCAACUAUGUUAACAUAGAGGGAAUCACUGCCCAAACCAGCUCUGAAUCCAUGGGUUCCACCCUGGGGCCUCAGAGUUGCAGGCACAUCCUUCCUACUGAAACCAGCACCACUAUGUACCCACUAAGUGAGAACAACCAAGUGACAGCAAAUACUGAAGCCCAUCUGUCCAUCAUGUCACCAUCCAGUUCAUGUACUUCCAACUUGAAUCUUUCUUUUGCUGGAUUUGAAAGGGAGCAAAAUCAUUUUAAAAAAAGAAGCUCCAGCCUUGAUGCCCUGGAUGCUGACAGCGAAGGCGAGGGGCAGUCUGAGCAGUCACGCGUCUGUUACACCCCGGCCACUCAGAGUUCCUCAAGAGCUGGGAUUCCUAGUGGGGAUGAAUUGGACUCUUUUGAGACCAACACUGAACUGGAUUUGAAUAUCUCCAGGGCUGAAUCACUUUCUCUAUCAAGUAAUCUGCAGUCGAAGGAAUCAUUGCUUUCUGGAAUACGCUCACGUUCUUAUUCCUGCUCAUCGCCCAAAAUUUCUUUAGGAAAAACUCGGUUGGUGCGUGACUUUACAGUGUGCAGUUCAAAUGAAGAUGGUGUGCCCCACAGUGGCCACUCCUUCCUUCAGUCUCUCUCACUGUCUAAGUCAGUGUCUCUGCUCCAUCUCUGUAAGCAAAGAGCUUACAGCUUACCGGAGCCACCAGAAGAAAAAAGAAUCCAGGAAGAAGAAUGGGAUAAAUACAUCAUACCUGCCAAAGCAGAGUCUGAAAAAUAUAAAGUGAGCCGAACUUUUAGCUUCCUCAUGAAUAGGAUGACUAGCCCUCGGAAUAAGUCAAAGACGAAAAGCAAGGAUGCCAAAGACAAAGAGAAAUUGAAUCGACAUCAGUUUGUCCCAGGAACAUUCUCUGGGGUUCUACAGUGUUUGGCUUGUGAUAAAACGCUUCUGGGGAAAGAGUCCUUCCAGUGUUCUAACUGUAAUGCAAACGUCCAUAAGGGUUGCAGAGAUGCAGCGCUUCCAUGUACCAAGAAAUUCCAAGAGAAAUAUAACAAGAACAAACCGCAGACCAUCCUUGGAAAUUCUUCAUUUAGAGACGUCCCACAGCCUGGUGUCUCCUUGUCCCCUUCCUCCUCCAUGCCUAUUGGAUUGCCGGCUGGAAGAAAGGAACCCGCGGGGCAGGUCCAUCCAUUGUCCAGAAGUGUCCCGGGCACCACCUUGGAAAGCUUCAGGAGGUCAGCAACAUCCUUGGAGUCUGAGAGUGACAGCUGGAGAAGCAGGUCGCAGUCCGAUGAGCUGUUCCAGUCCAUGGGCUCUUCUCCCUCCACGGAGUCUUUCAUAAUGGAAGAUGUUGUGGAUUCUUCUCUGUGGAGUGACCUCAGCAGUGAUGCCCAGGAGUUUGAAGCAGAAUCUUGGAGUCUCGUGGUGGAUCCCUCAUUUUGUAGUAGACAGGAGAAGGAUGUUAUCAAAAGACAGGAUGUCAUUUUUGAGCUAAUGCAAACAGAAAUGCAUCACAUCCAGACCCUGUUCAUCAUGUCUGAGAUCUUCAGGAAAGGCAUGAAAGAGGAGCUGCAGCUUGACCACAGCACUGUGGAUAAGAUCUUCCCCUGUUUAGAUGAGUUGCUUGAAAUCCAUAGACAUUUCUUCUAUAGCAUGAAGGAGCGAAGGCAAGAAUCUUGUGCUGGCAAUGACAGAAAUUUUGUGAUCGACCGAAUUGGAGAUAUUCUGGUACAACAGUUUUCAGAAGAAAAUGCAAGUAAAAUGAAGAAGAUAUAUGGAGAAUUCUGCAGCCAUCACAAAGAAGCUGUUAGCCUUUUUAAAGAACUCCAGCAGAAUAAAAAGUUUCAGAAUUUUAUUAAGCUCCGAAAUAGUAAUCUUUUGGUUCGACGCCGAGGAAUUCCAGAAUGCAUUCUGCUGGUCACUCAGCGUAUCACAAAAUACCCCGUCUUGGUGGAAAGGAUCCUGCAGUACACAAAGGAAAGAACUGAAGAACAUAAAGACUUAUGCAAAGCUCUUUGCUUAAUUAAAGACAUGAUUGCAGCAGUGGAUUUAAAAGUUAAUGAAUAUGAGAAAAACCAAAAAUGGCUCGAGAUCCUAAAUAAGAUUGAAAACAAAACAUACACAAAGCUCAAAAAUGGCCAUGUGUUUCGGAAGCAGGCACUGAUAAGUAAAGAAAGGACACUGUUACACGAUGGCCUUGUUUACUGGAAAACUGCUACGGGGCGUUUCAAAGAUAUCCUAGCUCUCCUUCUAACUGAUGUGCUGCUCUUUUUACAAGAAAAAGACCAGAAAUACAUCUUUGCAGCUGUUGAUCAGAAGCCAUCAGUUAUUUCCCUUCAGAAGCUUAUUGCUAGAGAAGUUGCUAAUGAGGAGAGAGGAAUGUUUCUGAUCAGUGCUUCAUCGGCUGGCCCUGAGAUGUAUGAAAUUCACACCAAUUCCAAGGAAGAACGAAAUAACUGGAUGAGAUGGAUCCAGCAGGCAGUCGAAAGUUGCCCAGAAGAAGAAGGGGGAAGGACAAGUGAGUCUGAUGAAGAGAGGCGGAAAGCUGAAGCAAGAGUGGCCAAAAUUCAGCAGUGUCAAGAAAUACUUAGUAACCAAGACCAACAGAUUUGCACAUAUUUGGAGGAGAAGCUGCAUAUCUAUGCUGAACUUGGAGAAUUGAGUGGCUUUGAGGAUGUCCAUCUAGAGCCCCACCUCCUCAUUAAACCUGACCCAGGAGAGCCUCCCCAGGCAGCCUCACUCCUGGCAGCAGCACUGAAAGAAGCUGAGAGCCUACAAGUUGCAGUGAAGGCCUCACAGCUGGGCGAUGUAAGUCAGUCACCCGAGGAAGGUUGUGGAGAAUCUGUCUCGACCGACACGCUCACUUCUCCUGACAUACCAGGAUCGCCUCCUGCUUCACUAGUCACAGAAGGGACAGAAAGAAGAGGCUGUUGGGAUGUGGAUCCCGGGAUCCAGGGUGUGGUAACCGACAUGGCGGUCUCUGAUGCAGGGGAGAAGGUGGAAUAUGGAAGUUUUCCAGGUUCUUCACAGUCAGAGAUUAUACAAGCAAUACAGAAUUUAACCCGCCUCUUAUAUAGCCUUCAGGCUGCUUUGACCAUUCAGGAUAGCCACAUUGAGAUCCACAAGCUGGUUCUCCAGCAACAGGAGAUCCUGUCCCCCGGGCACUCUCUCCGAGGCAGCCCCCUUCAGGACCAGGACAAGUCCCGCAGCCUGGAGAAGCAGCGGGAGGAGCUGGCCGACAUCCACAAGCUCCAGCACCAGUUUCAGCAGGAACAGCGGCGCUGGCACCGCAGGUGCGACCAGCAGCAGCGGGAGCAGGAGGCCAAGGAGAGCUGGCUGCAGGAGCGGGAGCGGGAGUGCCAGUCGCAGGAGGAGCUGCUGCUGCAGAACCAGAGCGAGCUGGACCAUCAGCUGCAGGAGUACCAGCAAAACCUGGAGCGGCUGCGGGAGGGCCAGCGCAGGGUGGAGAGGGAGCGGGAGAGGAUGCGGGCCCAGCAGAGCCUGCUGUGCCGCUGGAAGCACAGCCGCCAGAGGAGCCUCCCCGCAGCCUUCCCUCCAGGAAGCAAGGAGAUAACAAUGGAACUUAAUCGAUCUGAGAGUUUAUGUCAUGAAAAUUCAUUCUUCAUCAAUGAAGCUUUAGUACAAAUGUCACUUAACCCUUUCAACAAACCGAAUCCAUCAGGUAUCCAUCAGGAUGAUACUUACCCUCCAAAUGUAUCUAAUUCCGAUUUGGUAAGGACGAGUGAAAAUCAUGUAGACUUCAAGAUGGACGUUUCUCAGCCCCCAGAUGUCAACCAUGAACUGUGGACAGCCGCUGGGUCCUGUCAUCAGAUACCUCUCCACAAAAGCAGCAAGGAUUCUUGUAAAAAUGAUUUGGACACCUCCCAGACUGAGUCCCCAACCCCCCACGUCUCAAAUGCACACUGCCCUCAGCUGCAGACAAUUAUGGCAGAAACAAAGCUAAAUCUACCGACAGUGACGAGACAAGAUGGGGAAACUGGAGAUGGAGCUGAAGAAAAUAUUGUUUACCUCUAAUUGCAUCGUCAUGAUUUUUCCAAACAAAACAGAAACACUGGCACUUUUGGGAGAAACUCCUUUUUUUUCCAUUCCUUAUGUAUGUGAUUGUCUGUGUCCAAAUUGCUUUAAGAAUAAUGUUUAAUAUUUCAUGCAAGUUCAUUUUUUUGGCAUGAGUCUAAUUAUUAAAUUAUUGAAAGCAGCUCUGUUUGUAUAAUCUUUAACUUAUCACACCUAAUUUCAGAUUUCUGCAGGGGAAACUAACUUGAAUAAGCAGAAAUGUUUUAAAAGUUGUUUUGAUUCUGGAAUAAAAUUCCAUACUGCAUUUUCUACCAGAUCAUCUGUAUUUCAAAAUGCCUUGUAAGAUCUAGAUGGAGCAAUUUGGAUUGAAAGAGUGAUAUUCACAAGGGGUGGACUUUCACAGUCGCAGCAGUUGCUAAUCAAGAAAGGUCUUAGUGCCCAAAAACGCAGAGGAGGACAUGGGAAGGCCUUUUCCUGGCUAGUUUUUAUGUGCUAAUUGCUCUUUGGAGCAUCAGAGGUGGUGAUCGGUUACAGUCACCAUUCAUGCUGCCUGGGCACCUGUCUGACCUGGUGACCACUCUGCUGGGGAAACAGUCUGGACACGCUUAGGACCUGGACCAAGUUCUUUGCAGACACACUUUCUUGUUCCUAAUGCUGGUGGGGUUUCAAGACACAGUUCAGCAUCAUCUUUCAACGUAGCCUGGAGGCUGGGAGCCUCCAGCCGGUCCACUUUGGUGUAAAUGGUGAAACUCUUUGAGAGCUCUCACUUCUGUCAGCUGGCCUGUCCCUGCUGGCACCUGGAGCACCCAUGGCCACCACCCAUGCAAAGGAGCUCUUCACUACAGUUCUUUAAGGACAGAAACUGCUCACUGUUGGUGAUGCUUGCUUCCUAGAUACGCUUUUCCACAAAGGAAAACUGGCACAUCCUACCUUCAAAGUAAUGUGCAUCUCCACGUGAGAAAAUAAACCAGGAAAUGUUUUCAUCUUGUUCUUCAGAAAUACUUGUGUAUGUUUUGGUC